CAGCCCCUGGCACCAUGCACACUCACACACACACACACUCACACACACACUCCACCCUCCUCCAGCCCCACCGCCCCACCAUGGCCGCCUCCACCCUGUCCGUCUGCUCCAGCGACCUCAGCUAUGGCAGCCGGGUCUGCCAGCCCGGUGCCUGGGACUCCUGCCCCGACUCCUCCUGGUGGGUGGACGACGGCCCAGAGAGCUGCUGCGAGCCCCCCUGCUGCGCCCCCAGCUGCUGCGUCCCGGCCCCCUGCCUGACCCUCAUCUGCACCAGCUGUGUGUGCAGCCCCUGCCAGGCAGCCUGCACCAGCUCCUGCACGCCCUCGUGCUGCCAGCAGUCUAGCUGCCGGCCCUCCUGCUGCACCUCCUCCCCCUGCCAGCAGGCCUGCUGCGUGCCCGUCUGCUGCACCCCCGUCUGCUUCAAGCCCGUGUGCUGUGUGCCCGUCUGCUCUGGGGCCUCCCCCUGCUCAGACUCCUCGUGCUGCCAGCAGUCUAGCUGCCAGCCCUCCUGCUGCACCUCCUCCCCCUGCCAGCAGGCCUGCUGCGUGCCCAUCUCCUGCACACCCGUCUGCUCCAAGGCCACCCCCUGCCCAGCCCCCUCGUGCUGCCAGCCCAGCCCCUGCCCCCCGUCCUGCUGCAAACCCUCCUCCUGCGUGUCCCUCAUCUGCCGCCCCGUGUGUAGACCCGCCUGCUGCGUGCCAGUCCCCUCCUGCUGUGGCCCUGCCUCCUGCCAGCCCAGCUGCUGCCGCCCGGCCUCCUGCGUGUCCCUGCUCUGCCACCCCGCGUGCUCCCGCGCAGCCCGCUGCAGCCCCACCCCAGCCCAGAAGUCCUGCUGCUGAGCGGCUCCGGCUCCUGCCUCUCGAGCUGCUGUCUCUGCUCCUGAGCACAGGUCCCUCCCAGGAGCCCGACCCUCGGAUGCCAAGACCUCUCUCUCCCCAUCGCAGACACAUAGUAGCUGCCCGGGGAUUUGCUCACCCAGCCGCCCUUUCUGAGAAGAGAUGACCCGCAGAUCCCUCAAGGCAGGGACCUGGGGGACCUGGGAGCCUCCCGUGCAGAUUGGUUGCCGGCACUUGGCGUGACAAACGUCCAUGGCUAUAAUCAAUACAACGUCUGUGUC